AUGAGUGAAAUGAAUGUAGAAACGAUAGAUAUACCGAUUGAUAAUGAUAUGGAUGAACCCCAGGAAGUUGCAGCGGAAGAAACAUAUGGAGUAGACACCACUGCAGAUAUUGAAGACACUUCACUUCAACCGACACUUAGUGUUGACAUCGUCGGGAAGAUUGCCAGAAACGAUCCAGAAUAUAUGGAGACGUCAGAUGAUGCACUUGUGGCUACAGCGUUUGCCACAGAGUUAUUUAUUAAGACAUUAACUAAUGAAUCAUUAUUAAUGGCAGACUUCCAUCCCACCAACAAUGCCAUGAAUGGACAGUCAUCAGAGAAUAAUGAUGGUACCAAUAAUGAUGAUUCAAAUACACUGACAUAUGACAAUCUCUCAUAUUGUGUAAAGAAGAAGGGUAAUUUCCAGUUUUUAGGAGAUUUGAUUCCCAUGACUAAAAAUUUGAAAGAUUUAGUCCAAGAGAAUAAAGUAAGGUACACAACGGCGUUGCCCCAGGGACAACUUCUUGGAAAUUAA